AGCUCUCAGAGCUAACAACCUCCGCACCUCUAGACACCCAGACCCCGGCCCUGCCUUAACCCAGCCACGCUGCACUAUGACCAGCCUCAGAGCCGGACGGAGGGUCCUGGUCCUGGUUCUCCUGGUUGUCCUCCAGCUUCAGGCCUCUAGGGGACAGGGUGCUGCUGAGCUCAGGAAGCCCAUCUACCAGAGACUCAGACGACUUGACGAUCAGUUCCGUCGAUUCCAGGAACAGACCCUGAGCCGGUUAGAUCUUCUGUCCCAUAUGUCUAAUGUGUCGACCUCCCUAGAGGUCAGAGUUCAGACCCUGUCUGACCAACACAGAAACCUCACCCAGGAACUCACACAACUCAGAGACACCACCACACAGGAGCUGGACGGCCUGAAAGACCGGAGCAGUAAACUACAGAAGAAGAACAAGAGGAUGGAGGGAAGAUUGGCCUCGCUGGAGAGAGGACUGAGACACAGACAGGGACAGGGCAGCAGGCAGACCCAGAGACUGAGUCAGGAGCAGGGAGAGUCUCAUUCCAGCCUCACCCUGGAGCUCCACAGCCAGGAGGAGCGUCUCGACUCCCUGGAGGCCCAGCGAGAGGAGCUUCUGGUCGGGCUGAGAGGUCUCCAGGAGUCCCUGAGGGAGCAGGAUCUCCGGAUGAGCCGGCUGGAAGGGAGGCUGGGGGAGCUUUUACAGGGGAAUGUAGUCUCUUCCAGGGGAUCAGAGAGGACAGGAGACCCCCUCACCUCCAACCUCACCCCCCAGGACACAGCACCCCCACGGAGGACCCAGGCCUCCAGAGGACAGAGCCCAAGACAGGACACCCAGACCCAGCCCGGACACACCCAGACAUAUUACCAGCGCCAGACCCAGCCCGGACACACCCAGACAUAUUACCAGCCCCAGCCUCCGCCUUACUCUCAGCCCCAUCUCCAACCCCAGCCCAAACUCCAUUCCCAUCCCCAACCCCAGCCCAAACCCCAUUCCCAUCCCCAACCCAAACCCCAACCCCAUUCCCAGCCAAAACACACCAAAGACAGGAGGAUGAGGACAAGACUACAGCCUCCACCUACCCACCCCACACAGCCUCCUUCUCAGUCCCAGGAGGAGAGGAAGAGAGUGGGGGAGAGAGGACAGGAAAGCCCCCGGCCUGGUCAUCCUCAACAGUGGCCAAAACCACAGUCUGUGGAGGAGACGAGAGAGGAGAGAGAGAUGGAGAGGAGGAGGGAGGACGAGAUGUGGAGGAGGAGUGAAGUGAAGCGGACAGAGCGGAGGAGGGGAGAGGAAGAGCGGACAGAGAGGAUGAGGGGAGAGGAAGAGCGGACAGAGAGGAGGAGGGGAGAGGAAGAGCGGACAGAGAGGAGGAGGGUAGAGGAAGAGCGGACAGAGAGGAGGAGGGGAGAGGAAGAGCAGACGGAGAGGAGGAGGGAAGAGGAGGAGAUGAAAGGAGAGGAAUCACAAAUCCAGAACCUUCUCCAGCUUCCAGUGAGACAAAAGAUCCCUCUGCAGCACAUCCCCAGGAGAGAAGCCACCAUCUGUAAUGUGGACUCCAUGCUCCUGUUCCCGUCAGCUUCCUCUGAGAACUACGUCACCUUCUCCCGGAGCUUCCCUGCUCUUCCAGAACUCUCUGUGUGCCUGUGGCUCCGCGUCGACGUCGGGUACGUAGGAACGCUCCUCUCUUACGCCACGGAAGACAACGACAACAAACUAGUCCUAUACGGACGCAACUCCUCCUCCUCUUCCUCCACCCCCAGCCGAGAAACCCUGGACUUCGUGGUGGGAGACCCUGCGUACCGUGAGCUCCCUGUGGACUCUGUGCUGGACGGGCGCUGGCACCACCUCUGUGUCCUCUGGUCCUCUAUCCAGGGACGAUUCUGGCACUACACCGACCGGCGCCUGACCUCCGCAGGGUCACGGUUCAGGAAGGGCUACGAGGUGCCGGGAGGGGGGUUAGUGGUGCUGGGAGCAGAGCAGGACAGCCAGGGGGGAGGGUUUGAUCCCACCGAGGGGUUCGUGGGGCGCCUAGCGGGGUUCACCGUGUGGGACCGGGUGUUGAGUCCUGGGGAGGUGACGGGGGUGGCUACGGGGAGGGGGGUACCCCGGGGGGUGGUGCUCGAGUUGGGGGACGUUGACGGAGUUCAUGGGGAGGUGCAGCAGGUAGCCUGCGAGUGCCUGGAACACUGUAGCUGAGACGUCUGAUUCCAAAUUGACCCUAACCGCUCGUCCCUCAACCCUCGUCCCUAUAGGCACUCCUAGAUCUACAGUGUGGUCCUUAAAGGCAGAGUGGGCUGUUUUUUACUCCUCUGUACUUGAUUGAUAAAUUACGGUAAUUGAUUUCCCCUCACCUGGUUGUCUAGGUCUUAAUUGGGCGUUAAUUAAAAUAAAUAAUAACAAAUAACAACAACCAGCCUUGGGGUUGACUUGGGAUUCAGCUGUCUAAAUGUUUUAAUAUCAUUCAAUUAACUACCAGGGAGAAUGAAGACCGGCAGAACUGUCCCUCGGACUUAAUGUGGACCUAUAUUGAAAGAGGAACACUUCUCUAACCUUAAACAGUGCCACUGACACACUGUAAAAUGAGCAUGUGAAUGAAAGCCAUCAAUUAUUACUUAAAGCAAUGUUGUUAUAUGGCUAAACAAAGACUAUUUCAUAUCAUAUAUACAGUAUACUGUUACCCAGCAACAGACAGAGAGAGAGAGACAGACUUAGAGACAGA